UAACUGUUUUGACAGCUCCAGUACUAGUUCAGUCUCGGGUCAAGGUUAUACACGAUAUAUAGUGGCUAGCAUGGCCGGUGAUGGACAUGAUGUGUGUGACGUUCCGGAGAUAGAGAAUCUGUUUGACAUCGACCCUUACCUUAGAAAUGUCGAAAAAGAAAUCAGAAGAAGGUAUGGCUGCUUCCAGAAAGUUGUCAAUGAUAUCAGCCAGUCAGAAGGAGGCUUGGAGAAAUUUUCGAAGGGCUACGAGAGCUUUGGAAUUCACAGAACACCGGACAAUGGGAUCUGUAUGAUGGAGUGGGCACCAGGAGCAGAGGGCCUCUACCUAAGGGGAGAGUUCAAUAACUGGGCACAAACACAGUAUCCGUUUACCAAAGGAGAGUUUGGAAAGUGGCACCUAACACUACCACCUAACCCGGAUGGCUCAUGUCCUAUUUCACACAACAGCAAAAUUAAGCUGGUGAUCCGCAAAAAGUCUGGGGAGCUGGUAGACCGACUCAGUCCUUGGGCCAACUAUGUUGUGAGCCAGGAAAAGGUUCCUGUGUUCGAUCAAGUGUUUUGGGACCCCCCAAAUCCAUACACUUUUAAGAAUCCUCAUCCCCCAAAGCUAGACAGCCUGCGGAUCUAUGAAUCCCAUGUAGGAAUAUCUUCAUGGGAAGGCAAGGUAUCAACAUAUAAAGAGUUUUCACGAGAUGUAAUACCACGUAUAAAGAGUCUAGGCUAUAAUGCUAUCCAGCUGAUGGCCGUAAUGGAGCAUGCUUACUAUGCCAGUUUCGGAUAUCAAAUCACAAGCUUCUUUGCUGCAUCAAGUCGUUUCGGUACUCCUGAAGAGUUGAAGGAGAUGAUUGACUCCGCCCACGGGGCGGGGCUAGUGGUGCUAUUGGAUGUUGUACACAGCCAUGCCUCUAAGAACGUUGUCGAUGGUCUCAACCAGUUUGACGGCACAACUUCCUGCUAUUUCCAUGAUGGACCGAAGGGAACACAUGAGCUUUGGGACUCCCGACUGUUUAAUUACACUGGGUGGGAGGUGAUGAGGUUUUUGCUGUCCAAUCUCCGCUGGUGGAUAGAGGAGUACCAGUUCGAUGGAUAUCGCUUCGACGGUGUCACCUCCAUGUUAUAUCACUCCCACGGAAUGGGCCAUGGAUUUAGUGGUGAUUAUAACGAGUACUUUGGACUGAAUGGUGAUACGGACGCCCUCGUGUACUUGAUGGUUGGUAACCACAUGUUACAUUCCCUGUACCCCGACUUCAUGAUUACCGUGGCAGAGGAUGUGUCGGGGAUGCCCGGGCUCUGCCGACCAGUACAGGAAGGUGGAGGUGGUUUUGAUUACAGACUUGCCAUGGCUAUACCAGAUUUAUGGAUUAAGUAUUUGAAGCACAAGAGUGAUGACGAUUGGGAUAUGUCCCAUAUAUGUCAUAACCUUACAAAUCGUCGCUACGGGGAGAAGUGUAUUGCGUAUGCUGAGAGCCAUGACCAGGCACUUGUUGGGGAUAAAACGGUUGCUUUCUGGCUGAUGGACAAGGAGAUGUACACCAAUAUGUCUAAUCUCUCCCCACCCAGUCUGGUGAUUGACAGGGGUAUCGCCCUCCACAAAAUGAUUCGUCUCCUGACAUGUGGACUUGGAGGGGAGGGCUACCUUAACUUUAUAGGUAAUGAGUUUGGACACCCAGAGUGGUUGGACUUCCCGCGAGUGGGUAACAAUGAAAGCUUCCACUAUUGUCGGCGACAAUGGAACCUGUUGGAUGACAAAACCCUCAAAUACCAGUACCUCAACAACUUUGAUCGUGCUAUGAUGCAGGCGGAGGAGAAAUACAAGUGGCUCCGUAACUCACAGAACUAUUUAAGCAGGAAACAUGAAGGAGAUAAGAUGAUUGUGUUUGACAGAGCAGAUCGCCUUGUGUUUGUGUUUAACUUCCACCCCACCAAGAGCUAUACUGAUUAUAAGAUCGGUGUCAACAACCCUGGAAAAUACAAGCUUGUGCUGGACUCUGAUGCAGAGGAGUUUGGUGGACAUAAACGUCUAGACCACAGUGUAGAGAAUGUGACCUCCGAGGAACCCUGGGACAACCGGAGAUGUUCUAUGAUGGUGUAUGCCCCAAGCAGGACUGCGAUCAUCCUUGCCAGGAUGGAAUGAUAUUAGACUUGUAACUUGAGUCAUGAAAUCCUAGAUCCGUUUAUCAGAAAUCAGUAUUUUUGGUAUGUGUGAGUAGAUGUGAGUGGGUAGUAUAGUGGUGUGAGCAUGAGUAGAUGAUAAUGUGAACACUCGGAGUUGGGGUUGAUGAAGAUAAUGUGAUGUCAGUGUGAGUGCAUGAGUCCUGGUUGUUUGGUUAGUUAAAGGGUUUUACGUCUACACUCACUGACGAAGUCGGUGUUUGGUCGACAUGAGGGGGUAAGUUACCGCUUACCAGGCCCUCAGAGAUUUUAAGUCCUGCCCAUCCAGGUCAUGUUCUGAUGUCGGACAGCUCCUAAGAUGCGGAUAGGGAAGGACGUCCUUUGUGUAAUCCCCACUGAGUCCCCGGUGAGUCCCCGGUGAGGGAUAUUGUUUACUACAGGUUAGAAUAUCCAACAGGGCCCAGCUGUUUGGUUAUAACUUGAUGAGCUGUUAAUUGAAAUUUUUCUGUAGUAUUAGUUUUUAACAAGUAUUUGAAAUUAUUCAAAUGAUCUAAAGUUUUCAUGUUUUAGAUGAUUUAUCCUCACACAUGCAGUGUUUAUGUUAGCGCCGGCUUCUUGUUUUUGACUUGAGUGAAUAUGUAAUACAAUAUUUAUCAAAGAGGUGCACUGUUUGGAAAAAUCUCAGAAUGUUAUACUCCCCUGUAACAGUAUAUUAUUAUAUAACAUUAACCUGUGUAUUAAUUCUGUCAUGUGAAUCCAUGUAUUUGUUAAUGUUAGUUAACAUAAAGUUAACUAUGAUGUAUCAAAUAUAUUUUAUUUUAUCAUAUUUAAAGAAAAUAUUAACUCUAUUAAAUCUAUAUUGUGUUUAUUGUAUGUUAAUUGGUACUUAUCUAAUGUGUUGUUUUCUCCUUUUUCGAAAUGUUCUUCAUUCUAAGUUUGACCGCAGAAUAAUAUUUUGAUCAAAAGGUAUGGUUCACUGUUUUCCAUAACAUAAGCUGUGUGAAGAUUAGAAUAGAGUUUACCGUUCAGCCCAGUGAGUCAUGUUGUAACUGUACAAGGUUGUACACUGUUGAUAUAAAAGCUUUUAGGAAAGUAAUCCUAUUCACAUUGCUCACUACUGGUGUUGCUGCUCACUACUGGUGUUGCUAAUUAUCACAAAGGAAUUCUGUGCAUUGGUACCUAGAGCUGUUCAUGACAUUUUAAUUUUGCAAAUUACUGAUAAAGUAUAGAAUUGUAUUUUUAAAAGAUGUUAAUGGAUUUCAUUUGAAAGUAGACCAAAUUAUGCUAGUAAACUUUAAGUUUGGCAGGAUAGGAUUUUGAAGCAUCACAAAAGGCAAUAAAAUAACUACAUGCUUUUGUAGUAUUUGUAUCUAAAUAUCUUUUCUUUCAAUGUUUAACCAGAAAAAAAAGUAGGUAAUGCUUUAAAAUACCCCAAAUCAGCAGGAAAUAAGAGAAAAGCAAGGAGCAACAGAAAAUUGGUGUAUUACCAUUGUAAGAUUACAUAGGUAUGUACUAAAUUGAGAGAAAUGUAUUGUUUGUUAGUUAUUACUUGUGAUGCCUGUUAGAACUGGAUGAAAGGCUAAGGAUGAUCAAUGAUGAUGCUAUUGUAAAACCUACUUGAUCAUGAUUACAAUAUGCCAAGAUUGUGCCACUUCUGUACAAAUGUUAUAUCUACCCUAUUAAAGCUGCUUACAUAACAA